UCAAACCUGCUUCGAACUUCACAAACCACAACAGAAGCCUGGUGCGUUCAAAGUCGGAUAUUACCAGAUGUGUUGUCAGUAUUAACUCAUCUUAAUUAACCGAAUCCAAGCUAACGCCAACUGCAUUCAGACAUGGCUGGUUUACCACCCGGAGAUCCACAGCUGGUCUCAAUGAUCGUCAACCAUUUAAAAACCCAGGGUCUGUUCGACCAGUUCAGGAGGGACUGCCUGGCAGACGUCGAUACAAAGCCAGCUUACUUGAACCUGAAACAAAGAGUUGACAACUUUGUCUCAAAUCACCUUUCUAACCACACAUGGAGCCCUCAUUUGAACAAGAAUCAGCUGAGAAACAACAUCCGACAACUUGUGCUGCAGUCCGGAAUGCUGGAGCAGGGAGUGGACAGGAUAGUGGCCCAGGUGGUGGAUCCCAAAAUCAACCAUAUCUUCAGGCCGCAGGUGGAGAGGGUGGUCCGUGAAUUUCUGUCACCUGGAAGCUGCUCAGGGGAGCCACCGGCGCCACUGCCUUCAACAGAGACCAAACCAGACAGCAGCAUUCCUGAGCAAGCCUCGUCGUCUGCUCCAGCUACCACUGCAGCCAGCGAUGCCAUGUCCAUCUUGGACACUAUAACCUCUCUCAACCAGGAGGCCAGCGUCAGGGCCAGCUCAGACAAAGGACGUAGAGGCCCAGAUGAGCCCAUGCAGCUGGUGGAGGACGGCGAGCCAGCCAUGACUGUUGUUGAGGAAGGAGACAGCCAUCAUGAUGGGAGGACACUGGAAGAGGCAGAGGAGUUGGCAUCGGAGGUCCAGGCGUUAGAAGUGAAGACAGAGGAUACUCAGGAACAGAUGGAUCUGGGAAAAGAGGGAUUAAUAGAGGAGGUGAAGAUGGAGGAAGAGGAGUCAGGAGCUCAGGAGCAGACCGGGGAGGAGAGAGAUAAAGCGGCCAGCAAAACAACUGGAAAACCCACAGAGGAGAAGCAGGAUGAUGAUCUGCUCAAAUCUACAAGUCAGGCCAAGCAGAAAGCCAGAGAGAGGAUAAAGGAAGAAUACUUUUUGGAGGACUCUGACUUGGAGGGCCUGAGUGACAUCACAGUGAGCUCGGUCCACACCAGCGACCUGUCGUCAUUCGAGGAACAGAGUGACGAAGACGAGCUGCUGUCUGACUCUUCUGAAGAGGGGGAGCUUCCAUCAGAUGAUGAGAGAGCAGAAAAGAAACAAGCCAGCGGAGAUGCAGAAGAAGAAGAAGAAGAAGAGCGUAAACCUCGCCGCAAAGCCUACGUGCACAAGCCCUUCCUCUACUCCCGUUACUAUAGCGACUCGGAUGAUGAAAUCACUGUGGAAGAACGUCGGAGAUCUGUGGCUAAGGACAAAGAGGAAAGGCUGCUCAAGAGACAACAGAACAGAGAGCGAAUGGAAGAGAAGCGUAAACAGAAAGCAGCUGAAGAAGAUCACAAAAAACAGAAGAGCGGAGACUCUGCUGGGCUGGACGGCCCCAGAGCCAAAGAGGCUCGCAAAGAAAGGAAAGUUCUGGAGAAGAAAAUGGCUCUCAACAGGAAGAGGAAGCUCGACUCAAGGAAAGAGGGAGAUGUUUCAAGCAAAAAGAGAGGAGAUCCAGAAGUUUCCAAGAAAACGGAAGGGAAAUCUACAGCCUCAAAGCCUCCACAACCGAAAUUAAUAAGAAAUCUGUCAGAAUCAGCAUCGUCCGAUGAGAGGCACAGAAGGAUGAGCGGCAGCGUCUCCGAAGACUCCAGUGAAACCAAGAAGCUGUCCGACAAAGGCCGGACACACUCCUUCAUCCUGGAGUUGGAGCAAGGUUCCCAAGAGGCUCUCAAACAACGCUCCGUUGGCAAAUUUGAUAGGUUUUCCCGUAAGGAACUUCACUCUAAAGAACGCAAAGAGAAAGAAUGCAGCUUAUCAGAUGAACGCGCCAAACUCAAACAAAAGCAGGAGAGAAAAUCAGAACAUCCGGCAGAUGAAUCUCAGCAGAAGGAAGGUGCUGCUGUUAAAGUGUCCCCUGAAGAGAAAGGUGAGAGGAAGCCUAAGAUUAAAAGUGAGAAGAAAAUGUCCGGAACCACAAGAGAAGGAAAGUCGUCAGAAGGCGUGGCAGACGAGGGUCCUAAAGAUGCUACUGUGAAGAAGGCAAAAGCUCCAUCUGUGGAGACUGUCAAAGCAGAGAAGGACAAAAAUAGGGAAAAGGAGAAAGAUAAGAUCAAAGAAAAGGAAAAGGCCAAAGGAGAGAGAACUUCAGCUAAAAGUGAUUUCAAGCAGCUGCUCCGCCCAGAUUCUGCCGGCUCUUCGGAGGAUCGGUCAGACAUGGAGCCCGGGUCCGAUAGCAGCAAGAAGAAAGAUAAACACUCUAAGGAAGUCCUGAAAAGGUCAAAGAGCCACACUGAGGACAGGCCAGGAGACAAACUCAAAUCUAAAACUGAUAGUAAAGACGGCGAGAAGGAAAAGACUAAAGCAGAUCAAGACAGUCAGAAAUCAAACAAGUCCAGCUCUGAAAUGGACAAAGAUCCAAAAAGGGUCAAGCCAACCGAAAAAGGAAGAAUCAUGGAAAAAUCAAAGUCAAAAUCCAAAGAGGAAACAAAGACUCUAUUGUUGUCAAAGACGGACAAUAAAGUUCAGAGUUUAGAAGUCAAAAGUACAGGAGGUGCAGCCAUUGGCAAACCUGAGGCGACAAAGGAGAAGAAAAAAGAGGGAAAUGCAAAGGAACAGCGGAAAGUCUCAGAAGAACCUCUCCAUGAGAAAUCCGAAAGUAAGAGUGCAAAGAAAAAAACGGAGAAGAAGGAUAAAGUCCCAGAAAAGAAGGAUGAUGGCCAAGAGGAGAAGAAAACCCCCAGAGAAGACAAACUGGAGAAGUCUGAUAAAUCUUCAAAGUCUUCAGUUUCCUCGCUGGACGCAGAGGAGCAGCCGAAGAAACCUUCUCUCCUCCAAGACACGAGCACAGACUCCGAUCCCGUCACCACCACCGUCCCCACCUCGUUCUCAGACGAUACUUGCGACGCGUUAAGCGACAUCACCCCUGAGCCACCUGAAGGGGAGACGGAGUCACGACUGAGCGAGAUGCCGGCUGUGCCGGCCGAGGCCGACGCUCUGCUGGCUCUCAUGGACGUUUGUACCUCGGCAGAGGCGAGACUUCUACCUGAGAGCGCUCCGGAGGACGCAGCGCCUGAGAUGACUCUGCAGGACGCUGAUAUGAAGAUGAAAGAGGCCGCUUUGACUCUGCUCUCCAUGGAUCCUGACAGUACCGUGUCCUCCACCUUAAUCCGCCGUGAUACCAGGGAGGAACCGGAAGGGACUCGGACUGCCCCACAGCUGAUGGAAGCCACUGCAGCAGAACAAGAAGAGUCUCGUAUGGAUGUGCCAACCGCUGCUGAAGCGGCGUUCACAGCCUCCGAGCCGUCACCAGUUGCAUCUCAACAAACUGUUGAGCUCGUUGAUGAGAAACCAAACGCUGCAGAUGUGUCUGAAACUUCAGAGAAAGAAAUGGAUGUGGCAAGGGCUAAAAUGUCUGAGUCUCCUACUCCACAGGAGGAUGACACUACCUCAAACGAAUGUCAGGCUCUUUUAAAUGAGGAUGAAGCCAAAAGUGCAGAAAUUGCUCCUGAAACCCAGCCAGAUGAAAACACGGCACCACCACCAGCAGCUGAUAAAGAAGCUGCUAGUGCUGUUGUGUCUGAAGCAGAAGAGGUCAGAGGAACCACGGAUGAAAGCACAAUUGCAGUUUCUUGUGAUACCACUGAACAAGUCUCAGAAACUCCCACUAAACAAGAGCAAACUGAGCCAGAUGUUGCAGAUACAAAGACGAUCCCAAAGGCUGAGGGAGUGGUAGCUGAGGACAACCAGGCCAAGAUGGACGCAGAUAUUGGUGAAGCUGAGAGUAAGACAGCGGAGGAAGCAAAUGUUGCAACAGAGAAGAGUGAUCCACAAACUAUUGAACACAAUGUCCCACAGAAGACUGAAGAAAUCGGAGAAAGUGGACCUGAGAGUCAGUCCAAACUGGUCAAACAAAUCAGUAAUGUCUCCAGCGCAGACAGCCAGGAAGAUGAGAAGGGAUCAGACUUGUCAGAAAAGGAAGAGAAGGCGGAGGGACGAGGAGGCAGACGUAAACGAAGGCUGUCCACUCAGAACAUUGCAGCAGUGAAAGAAUCUGGUGACGAGAGGGAUGAAAAAGAAAGUAAAGAGCAACAGUCUUCUGAGGAAACUGAUCAGGAGAAGGUUGGUGAAGUCAGAACACCACGCAGGGGUCGAUCAUCCAAAACCACCGAGGAGGCAGAGAAGGACCAACCUAAAGAACCUGAGAAAUUAGAGGAGACUUCGAGCCGCGGGCGAAGACGUUCAGGAGCUGCUGUCAAAGAAGCCAAUGCUGAUAAUCAGAAGAAGGAUGAGAAUAAAGACGAGGAGAGCACCGAUAAAACAACAACUAAACCAGCCGAGAGAGAAGAGACAACUGAAGAGGAAAGUGGACCAAGGAAAAUUGCACGGCGAGGAAGUCAAGUCAAUCUGCCGUCUCCUGUUCCAGAAAACACUGAAGCUGCAGGAAGCUCUGACUCCAAACCGACAACUGACACACAUAAACCAGCAAUGAAAAGGAAGAGAUCAGAGGAAUCUGAGGAGGAAGCCCAGGCUAAAGAGGAGGUGAAGAAGGACAACAGUCAAGAGGAACAACGUGAGCAACAACUUGACAGUGGUUGUUCCCCUUCAGUAAGCCAGGCAGAGAGUGAAGAGGAGAUCUGCAGCGAGAAGAAUCCAGAUGAUCUUGAGGAGGAGCAACAAGAGGACCAAGAGAUAACUCCAAAGAGACCCGGGCGGAGGGGACGGUUGUCGAAGUCAGCUGCUGCCACAGAGGAUCCAGAUAAAAAGGACAAAAAGGCAGAAGAAAGUGAGCAGAAUGAUGAAGAGGAUGAUGACGAUGACGAUGGUGAUGGUGAGAAAGAAGAGGGAGAAAAAGGAACUGCAACCAGAGCGACCACACGGUCAGCAGCUCGCCUGGAGGCUGAAAGAAACAAGCCAAGUAAACCCUCCACCCGGGCAAGUCGGCAGAGCGGUAAAGAGGAGACCACAGCUGGCACACGCGGGGCGAGGGGCCAGGCAGCAGCAGCGAAGGGGGGCCGUAAACGGGAGGCCAGCCCCCCUGCGGUGCGAAUGCGGGGAGGACAGAAAUCAGAGGAGCCCCCUUCCAAGAGAGCCAAACGCUAAAACCUCAGACAGCGGUGGACUGAUUUGCCCCCGCAGCGUUUUCGCUGCACUCCAUAUUCAAGUCAGUUUUGUUAUCGGGGGGUCAAAGAGCCUCUACAGUCAAGUUAGCAUGUAAAGCUGUUUCUGCUUCAUUGACUGUAGGUAUUGAAAAGCUCUGGAGAGUAUUAUCCUCUCUCAUCUGAUGGUUGGGGUAUAAACCUGAGGAUCUGUGUAGAAAUCCCCCCAGAAUACCUUCUACUGCACUACGCCCAUAUGGUUUGGAUCAGACUUCAUCAUUCCUCCGUUUAUUCAGUAAUGCCCAGUGAAGCAGAGUAUUUCAGCCCAAUCAAAGGCCUAACGUGCAGCAGAGUUGUGUUUUGAGAUACAGAGGGUGAAUUGAAACUAGAGGCCAGAGUGUGUCUCAGUUCCUGCUGAGACUGUAAAUCCAAACACUUGUACAGAGAAAUCACUGCGAAGCUUCUUCACCUUCAUUGUGAAUUUUAUUUUUUCAAUAUUCAUUCUGUGAAUGAAAGGAGAAGUUCUUGUUUUUAACGUUUUUUUUUCUUAAUAUUCAUAAGUUAAGGGACUUUUUUUGUUUUAAAUAAAAGAUUCGUCACAGACUGGGAAAACACGUGAACAGUUUCUCUAUAAACUGAAUCUACUUUAUGACACGUGUAACAACGCCCGUUGCAGACAAAAGAACUGUUUCUUACUGUCUAAAUGGAGGUAAUCUAGUUAUUUGUGUUGUUUUAACUGUAUAUCAACAUAAUGGUGUUAGAUAUCUUGCCUACCUGUUAAUGCAAAUACAUUUCUUUUUUAUAAAUGUAAAAAUACUGAA